AUGUCCUCCAAGGCCUGGCCCAUGCCGCAGCUAUGGCGGAACGACGAGGAAAUGGCCAAAAAGGACGACGACCACAAACUGGGCACCAAGCGCGCAUCCGCUCCCUGGAACGCCGCCCGCCCCCCUCGUCCGGCCUGGGUCUUGCGCAUCGUCGCCUACCUCCUCGCCACCGCCGCCCUGGUCCUCCUCCUGUUCCAUGCCACGAGCCUCGACCGCGCCUCCGACGACAGCUAUGGCCGCUACAUCCCCGGUCUGCCGCCCAAAGCUCUCUCCGCCCCUUAUCCCUACGCAAAGACGGACACGAGCCGCGCCAGAGACUACAAUGGGCCCAUCACGCAACCCGAGCUGGCUGAAUCCCUCCGACCCGUCAUUGCUGUGAGCCCCGGCUCGGCCAACAACCGCAACGUCUUGUUUGCGGCCGCGAGCCUGCAGAGCGCAGCCACCCUGCUGCCCAUGGCUUGCCAGAUGGCCUCGGCGCGCCAGAACCAGGUUCACUUUGUGCUUGUGGGCAGGGACGACAUUCCCCUGAAGGAACUGCUGAAAAUAAACGGCAUAGACUCGACCUGUCCUCUGACAAUGCACGAUGCCCGACCCAACAAGGCCGCCGCCUCGACCGACCGGCGCAUGACGCUGGCCGUCGAGCGAGCCAUGGCCGUCUUCCACCGCGUCGCCCACCCGCAAGCCAUCCUCAUUGACGCCACAGACGCCGAGGACAUGUAUCUCCGCCGCGCUGUGCGCGACCAGGCCAAGAAGACGCAGUCAGCGCUCAUUGAGCUGCCAGAAAGGCCCCAGUCCCGCCUGGCCUGGAUCACCAAGCUGGACGCGUCGGCCCUGGCCGCAUGGAACAAGGUUCGCUUCGACAUUGUCGUCCACAGCCCCCGAACCGGCACUGGAAAUCUCAAGAGGCUGCUGCGGUCCAUAGCACGCGCCGACCUUGGCGGCCACUCGGUCCCUCACCUGGUCGUCGAGCUGCCCUCGACCGUCGAGGCGCCCCUGGAAAGGUUCUUGGCCGGCUACAACUGGCCGCCGCCGUACCCGGGCGAAAAGCUGAUGCCUUCAAUGCUCUCCUUACGCCGGCGCAUCCCGCGGCAGAAGCUGACGGAAGAGGAGAGCUCGGCUCGCUUCCUCGAGUCGUUUUGGCCGUCGGACCCUCUCCACUCCCAUGUCCUGGUCUUGUCACCGCACAUGGAGGUCAGCCCCCAUUUUUUCCAUUACGUCAAGUACUCUCUCCUCUUUCAGCGGCAUUCCCGAGCGGCAUUUGGCGAGAGUCGCCACUCCACCAUGAUGGCCAUGAGCCUCUCGGUCCCCACCACCAUCUUGGGCAGCACGCGGCCGUUUACGCCACCCCCGCCGUUGCGAGCUGGUGAAGCCGAAUCCGCCGCAGGGACGGCUUUUCUUUGGCAGGCGCCGACGAGCGAUGCAGUUCUGGUAAUGGGCGACAAGUGGGUCGAGCUGCACGGGUACGUGUCGCAGGUGCUGGACAGACAGCAUGCCAUGUCCGCCUCGCCCGCCAUGCUGGCCUCGAAAGAGGUGGGCAAGCAGUACUCAGCCUGGAUGGAGUACGCGCUGCAGCUGUCGCGCCUGCGGGGCUAUUUGACGCUCUACCCCAGCCGGCAGACUGCGGAUGCCAUUGCCGGCGCACACACGGACCUGCCUGAAAGACCCGAGGAGUAUCAAGGGCAGGCUGGCACGCGAGAAAAGGAUAAGGACAUGGUGGACAUGCUGGAGACGCUCCCGGGAGAGGGAGAGCAGCAACUGCUCGGCAGCUUGCCCGUGCUGUCUUGGGAUGGGCAGCAAAUAAGAGACGACGCCCUCGAGGAGGGUGCGGUGCAGUUGACGAUGGAUUUCCGUCAGCAGGUCGGGCAGUGUUCCUUCGAGGACUCCGCGAAGCUGGCCCGCGCCGACAGGUAUGCCCGGGACCUGUUUUGCCAGACGGGCGAGGACAGGGGGUAG